GGCAGCCUGUACUGCUGCGGCAACAGGGUUUGCGGGAUGGCCUUUCACGAAUGCGUUUCACAUAAUCUCUUUUCCAACAAGCUUUCAAGCUGAGCUGCAACGUUUUUAGCGCUUGCUUGCUUCGUCAUUGUUUGCACAACACCCGACCUCGCCGCGUAUCCAACCCACUAGUGCUAGUACUGCAGCCAUAAAGUACAAAGGCGUAUUUAAAGUCAGAAACACUUGUCGUCAGCGCAAGACCGUCCUAUUAGAGCAGCCGACCGGCGCGAAGCAAAGCAAGGAUUACCACGCUCGGAGGAGAACAGGCGCUAAACAACACUCAAUAAUACCUCUUAAACAAUGAGGGAUUUCCACUUCUCUAUCGACCGAGGCGGAACUUUCACGGAUGUCUUUGCCGAGGUGCCUGACGGCAAGGGCGGUCGCACCUUCAAGGUCCUCAAGCUGCUUUCCGUCGACCCAGCCAACUACCCCGACGCUCCCCGUGAGGGCAUUCGCCGCGUGUUGGAGGAAGUAACAGGCACCCCCCACCCCCGCGACCUGCCGCUGGACACCUCCCGCCUCGCCUCCAUCCGCAUGGGCACCACCGUGGCCACCAAUGCGCUGCUGGAGCGGCAGGGCGAGCGAGCGGCGCUGGCGGUGACGGAGGGCUUCCCGCACCUGUUGCACAUUGGGAACCAGUCCCGUCCGCACAUCUUCGACCUGGAGAUCCGCUCCCCCUCGCUGCUGUACGAGGCGGUGGUGGAGGUGGGGGAGCAGGUGGUGCUGCCGCUGGGGGCGCAGCGGGGGCAGCGCAACGGGGCGCUGGCGGAGGAAAACUGCAGGCUGUACCCUCCGUCCGGCCAGCUGGCCACCGCCCUGACGGGCGAGGUGGUGGAGGUGCGGCGGCAGCUGGACGAGCCGGCGCUCAGGCGGGGGCUGCAGGCCGUCCUCGACGCCGGCGUCCGCAGCCUGGCGGUGGUGCUCAAGCACGCCGCCAUCUACCCGGAUCACGAGCGCCGGGUGGGGCAGAUCGCCCGGGAGAUGGGCUUCACACAGGUAUCCCUGAGCCACGAGGUGAUGCCCAUGGUCAAGAUGGUCCCCCGCGGCUUCACCGCCGCUGCGGACGCCUACCUCACUCCCCACAUCCGCAAGUACGUGGCGGACUUCACAGCGGGAUUUGAUGAGGGGCUGCGGCAGGUGCAGGUGCUGUUCAUGCAGUCGGAUGGCGGCCUGGCGCCCGUGAACCAUUUCUCAGGCCACAAGGCCAUCCUGUCAGGCCCCGCGGGCGGCUACGUGGGCUAUGCGCUCACCACACGCUGGGCUGGGGCGGACACAGCCAACAUGCAGGUGAUUGGUUUCGACAUGGGCGGCACCUCCACGGACGUCAGUCGCUAUGCGGGCAGCUACGAGCACGUGUUCGAAACCACCACUGCCGGGGUUACCAUUCAGGCUCCCCAGCUGGACAUCAACACGGUGGCGGCGGGGGGCGGCAGCCGCCUGGUGUUCGCCUCGGGGCUCUUCCGCGUGGGCCCGGAGAGCGCGGGUGCGCACCCGGGCCCCGUGUGCUACGGCAAGGGGGGCCUGCUGGCGGUGACGGAUGCGAACCUGCAGCUGGGCAGGAUCCUGCCGGAGUACUUCCCGAAGAUCUUUGGCCCCAAGGAGGACGCGCCGCUGGAUGCCGCCGCCACCGCCACCGCCUUCGCAGCAGUGACACGGGAAGUCAACGAAUUCGAAACCGCCAACGGCUCCCCCUCCCUCAGCUCCCCGGACGAGGUGGCCAUGGGCUUCCUGCGGGUCGCCAACGAAGCCAUGUGUCGCCCCAUCCGCGCGCUCACGCAAAUGCGCGGCUACGACGCGGCGAAGCACGUGCUGGCGUGCUUCGGAGGCGCCGGCGGGCAGCAUGCGUGCGCCAUCGCCAAGGCGCUAGGCAUGAAGACCAUUUUUGUGCACCG